GAACUUGUGCAAGUCUGCCUUUGUGCUGCAGUUCCUUAGAAACCAAGUGUAACCUUCAACCCAAACAGUCGCGUCAUUGCUGUGUGUGGCGGGUGUUGCUCGACAUCACUUCUUUUGCACAUCGGCUCUCACAUCUCACCUCGCGUUUAAUGAAUAACAGGCGAUCCUGAGGUGCGAUUUAAAAUUCAAAUUGGUUUCUGUUCUCGAGUGGUGGUAAAAAAAAAUAAUCGGGGUUAGAUCCAUUCGUAGCGUGCGGCGGCUGCUGUAGUAGUAGAGCCCUUGGGGGGACCGCACGGAGAGAUGAAAUCCAAUCGAGUUCAUCCCUCGCGGAGCAAGCGCAGCCGCUCGCCAUCCCAGGAGUCCUUCGACUCCACCCUCACGUUCGACAGAGAGACAGGGUGCUGCGAGGGUGGAUGCCAGCGCUGGUGCACACAGCGCUGCGUGUGCCUCUUCAUCAUCUGUCUGCUGGUGGUGGCGGCUGUGGCUGUGGCCGUGGCGCUUGGGGUGGUGUAUGGGGUGCCGAAAAUCAGCGGAGUGAACCGCGAGUGUCAGACGACGCUCAACCAAUCGGGAUUCCUCUGCGACGACCGCGUCACCUGCAUCUCGCCCUCCAAGGUCUGCAACCAGCGCUCCGACUGCACCGGGGGCGCCGACGAGAGCAAGCAGUACUGCUCUGACCCCGCCAACACCCUCCCGAGUUCCAUCAUCUUCCUGUGCGGGGAUGGGAAGACGUGGACGUACACGGACAAGCUGUGCGACAUGCACAACGACUGCGGGGACUGCUCCGACGAAACAGUGUCGCAGUGCCCCGUGUGUGGCGGGUGGCGCUGCUCCACCGUCUUCUUUCAGGACUGCGACUGCAUCCCAACCACACGCUGCAGGGACUCGGUGCAGGACUGCGUGAACUGGAGCGAUGAGAUCAAUUGCUGAGGCCGGCACCCCACAGUGGAGUCGCUGUGGCCAUAGCCAGCUGCGAGGUCAACGUGUCUCACCAAAGGUCAUAGGAGGUCAGGGGCACAGCCAUAUCUUAGAACGGUGGUUCUCAACCGGGGGCAUGGGGACCUCUGGGGGUUUCGUGUCAAUGUCCCAAGGGGUAAGUGAGUUGAACUGUGUGAAUUUAUGUCACACGUUAGAGUCAUUGGUGAAUAGUCAAGUAUGAAUCUGCCAAUAUGAAAUAACUACGAUCAAAUUUAAAUACGUAUGGUAACCAAGAACGAUGAAACGACCUUUAGAAACUCAUAGAUUGUAAACAAUGCGCGGGUUUCCAAGAGUAACCAGCGAGCACGAACAAAUUACGUCAUGCAUGUGGAGCGCCCGUUACAUUUUUUAAUUCACUUGCAACUGCGAGCCGAGUUAGAAUACCUCCCAAAAUGGAAAAUUGGUGAAAAUAUUGAUGUUCAUUAUUCAUACAUUCAUCUCUCAGAACCAUGUUGGGUCAGGCCCGGGGGAGUACUGGGUUGAAACAAAAUUCAACAAGGCGGGGGGGGUGGAAGUGAAGUCGCCAAACAAGGUUGAGAACCACUACCUUACAAGUUAGGGGGUGUCCAGCGAAGGGCGAGAUUACAGAAUGGGAUCCGUGGCAAUUGCUCCCCACUUCGGAGUUCGACUGCACUUUAAUUACAAAUUAAAUCUAUGCCAACGACGAGCUGCUGACUACAGUAUCGAGCCUAAUGUCCGUGCACUCCUGUGCAAUAGCAAGGGCCUGUCAUCAGCAUCAUUGGCAUUUACUUCGCCUUGUUGAAAGGCGAAAAACUCGGACUAAAAAAAACACACACACACAAUUUGUGUAUAAAAUGUUACGGGUUGUUUUUUGUCCGUAUUCUUGUGUGGUUGCGCCCCGAUUGGAGGUCACGUUGGUUAUAUACCGCAUCACCUGCUCUUGUUCAAGCGCGUUGUACACUAGUCCUGUCAUCAGGGCCGUCCCGAGGUGGGUGCGAGGCCCGGGGGCAAAUCACAACCGACUCCUCAAAACUAAAGCGAACAUGUCACAUCUGACACCCGUGACGUCAAAGCGCGGGGGCCCCCCAAAAGUGCGGGGCCCGGGGCGGUCGCCCCUAGGGAUGGCUCCGCCUCUCGUUAAAACCCAGCCUGCAGCUCUGUUGCGUUGGUGAGUUGCGCUUCCAGCAAUAACUGGGGGAGUUUCCCUGGCUUUGUGUCUUCAAAGAGAUACCACCCAUUGUGCCACCGGAGUGCAGUGGUAGCAAGUCCAAAGGUAACGUGCAUUCCUGCGACGGAGAGGGCACUCCGUCACAUUUUCCUUGGACCGACUUUGAAAGAAGAUACCACCGAGCUCCUUGUAAUGACCGUUAAAUAUGAUCUCAUUAACGACAACCGCAGCUCGCUGCUCCCUGCUCAGCCCUAUAUGUGAGCGGUGUGCCAAGUGUCCAUCAAUUUGAAUUAUAUGCCAAGCUCCACUGGGUAAGAAAUAGGUGAACAUCCAUAUGGUAAUAAAACGAAGUUUACAUCCCUCUAUCAAUCCGCUGUUGGACGAAGUUCAUCCCCACAACCGUGUCGGUCACGUGGGUUGUUUGACCAUACUUCACCGUACUGGUCAAUGCAGCGCCAGUUCAGAUAUCACUCGCCACUUAAGUUAGCCGUGGCCGGAGUAGAAGUGAGGUGGCCAGGUUCGAACCACUGCGCCAGUGGUUGCAAUACAGUAUUAUAGAUCUGUAACUCUCAUAAUAACGUCUUCGUUUUAGGUCAUUGUCGUUCAUGCAAACUUAUUCUCACAAUCGCUGAAGAAGCACAGACAGUAAGGGGGUGGUGAGCCGGCUGUUAUCUUUCGGUAAAGUCACGUAGAAAUAAAUUAAAUUAAUAUAAUACAACGUUUCGAUUGCAACACAAGCAAUCGUCAUCAGGUAAGAAUGAAUGAAAAAACAAACCUAGUAAACUUAGAAAUAUAAUGCAAUACAGCGCAGAGAGUCGGCUAACACAACAGUCAACACCCUACCUGGUUGAUUUUAGUCCUCUAUAUGUUAAGAUGUUUUCAGCCAAUUAGUGAGUGCUUGUUGUGCGUGUGGGAGGAAACCAGAGCAGCCGGUGAAAACCCACGCGGUGCGAGGCGACACAGAUAUGUCUGGGGAUGUCACACAGAACUUUACUUUCUCCACCCUCGAACUGUAUUGCCUCUGAAUUAUAAUGAGCUGGAUAUUAUCGCUGAUGUGCCCUGGCAUGCAUGCCACCAUCGGUGCCACAGAUACGCCGUCACUGCUGUCUAUAGAUGUGGACGUGGUCAGAUUUGACCUUUUUUAUUUUAUGUGUGUGUACUAAAACUAUGCUGUAUUUACGAUUAUAAUCGGACAGCUUAAGAAAAGCUGAAUGAAUAGGGGAAAUGCGCCAAUAAUAUGUUUUGGCUUGUUGGGGUUUCAGUGCAGGCUCGCAAGAGUUGGUAGUGCAAGAAAGCAUUUUACAGCACCGUGAUGGGAAGAGGCCAAGACGAAUGGUGCAGUGGUAGCCGAAGGAGGCAACACGCGUGCCCGACGGGAUGUCCACCGUGGAGAUGGAGCGAAUGAGAUCGUGGAAUGCAGGAGCAAGACGAUUGCAUCGUGUCACCGUAGAGAGAAUGCCGGCAGCUUGGGGAUGGAUGACUUCAUCCAUCAGUGGAUAGAUCGUGGACGAUGAUUAACGAUGAUAGCACUUUACAGGAGAUGUGAUCUAACACAGUGGUGUGGAUUGCAUGUUCACAACACUUAGUGGAACCAUCAUAUGUACACAAACAUGUGAUUACAAACGUUUCCUUUAUUUUGUCCGAUUUACAUAACUCUUAUUCGCAACCUGUGAUUCCUAUAUUCCGUGAGAACUGUAAUGCCCGCAAAAAAACUGAAUAUCCAAGGCCUCAUUUUUCGUACUAUCUUGCAAUUAUCCGGGGCUUGUCCCAUUCUCUGUGGAACGGCUUCCAAAUAUCUGCCAAUGUUUCACGCAUAAGUGGAGUCAAGCAAAAGAUAAUUACCUGCCUUUUUAUUGUGAGUUACCCACAGCUACUGACCAGCCCUGUUUCACGGCAUGAACUUCAGGGAAACACUUCAUGUGUUUUUUAGGGAUGCGAAGAGUUAAUUGGCAAAAUGCAUCCUAUAAUUAUCUGUGGUUAUCUGGAGAUGUCUAUCGCGGAUAAGUGGAGCACAUUUUCAGAGAGACUCCCGCGGAUAACAGGAUCCGCGAUAUCCGCCACCACAUUAUCGAGGAUAAGAGAACUCCACUACUGAUAUUUAGAUACAUUUCCACAAGGAAUGCCAGUGGCAAAAACAUCCCAGCUCUCACCGUUUUUUAUUUAGACCAGGAAGGGAGGUCAUAAAUGUCACAGUCCAUUCUUGCUUGUUUCUUCAUACGUUAUAUAUUGUAUAACAUCUUCCGAGUGUCAAAGCUGGAAUAUGCAAGUACAGUACUAGUCUAUAAAAUUGUAAAGUAAUAAAUUCUGUACGACGGCUUUGUUACGGCAAUAAAAAAAAAUGUGUGUAGUGCUGUGAUGACCAUU